AUGCGCAAUUCGAAAGCCACCGCGUUUAUUGUAUCCACGCCUUAUGGGCGAUCGCUUGGUGCAUGCAACAUUUUUGGUCUGAACACGACGAUUGGUAGGCGGGGAAUCAUCUUAACGCCGAGACGAACUUUUCUCCACAAAAAGGAAGGUUCCUCUGGCUUUGCUCAAAGGCAUACUAGUCUAGGUAAGCUAUCAUUUAGAAAGUUUCCCUUCGCAUCCUCUCGCAAGCAGACCAUCCAAAAACACGGAAUGAGGCGUGACGCGGUGGGGAUGCUCAUCCCGGAGGCCAUUCUGCAAGCGAAGCAUGUGAGUUAUGAUGAAUUCGACCGCAAGGUAGACGAGUGCUCGCGUGAGAUGUUGGGACUCACUGAGAUGAUUUCGGGGAGCCUACGGAUGGACCGUGUUGAUGAUAACAAGUGUGUCAUGGGGUCUAUUAACUACGGGGCUGCUUUUGACAACGGGCGGAUUACCUUCCACGGGUCUUGUAAAGAUGCAAGGAAACUUUUGGAAACUUCCACACUUUCAGUGGGAGCUUGUGAUUCGCUUAGUAGCAAGGCAUCACAUGGUUCCAUGGAUAAAAGUGGUGAACAUCCCUCGAUCAUGCGCAGCGAGCCCUCCCAGGAGCUCAAGGCGACAUCUCACAAGAUGGUGGCCUACGUACGCGAAACUCAUCAAUCUUCAGAGGCCACCACACCUUCGCAUGAUGCGAAGCCAGUCAGUGCACGAGACUCUGGCAUAGUGUCACGUUGUAUCCUAAAGAUGGACAAUGGUGAAGAAAUAUCUGUGCGGCGUGAUCACUUGGCGGCGGUUCGGAGGGUGACCUUAGGUCAUCCAAGCAGUUCUGCGCAUAACCGGUCAUGGUUCGAUAAGAUUCUGUCAAACACCAACAAAGAGGAAUCAUUACUGCAAAAAGGGUGUGGCGAAUGCAAAGAAGAUCCGGAUGCGGAUGUCGCUCCACUACGACGCUCUCAGAGGCGGCUCAAAGAGGCCAAGAAGUCCGAUAUGAAGUACGGUCUAACGCGUCAUCCGUGUCAAAUACAAGGCGAGGGCUGUCACACCAAUCUCAAAGACGGCUGUGUCCGGUCAGUAUUUAGUCCUGCGUCGCCCUCGCGAGCCCCACGGGAUGUUGUUUCAUCCAUGUGUCCAUACACACAGUACCCUUCCGUAUGUUGUGUGGACUAUUUAACCUAUGGUCGGUGCAUACGUGCAGAGAUGGGCUGCUGCCCGUGGUUCCACGGUGACCCCAGUUUGGUCGCCCCGCAGAAGCUACUGGCGGAAUUCCUGCUCACAGACGAAGGCGUCGAUGAGGACGCCGCGGCUCGGGUUGUACAACGGUUGCGCGAAACGUCCCCCUAUAUGGGCCUGAUCCUACAGAUCAUUGUGGAUCUAAUCACCGUGGCGAUAGAAGAGAGUGACAGCUAUUCAGCUUUCUUUGGGAAAACAGAGUCGUCGAGUAGCACGAACCCCCAUCGAAUUGAACUGCUACGUGCGAUCCUUCAGGCUCGUCGUGGAGCUUGCCUCAACAGCUCAGAUGUACAGCCAAAGUGGGAAGAAGGAGAAGGUGAAGUUUGCCAGUGGUUGAACAUACUGGCGCUCCCUACCUUAUCCCAUCGGAAAUCGCAAGGCGUGGGAGGGGAAGGCCAACGCGCGUGGUGUUUAGGUCUAGACCUCAGUGUUGUGAAGAGUAUUUUGAGCUCUAGCGAACCAGAGGAAACCGUACCGCUUGAUAAUCUUGAUGUGAAUCAUGACAAUGAAACUUUUCCUGUGUGCAACAACAAUCUCCACACUUACGCAGUCCCUGUCCCUAACACUUCGAAAACUAAUGAUAAAGUCGACAUGGAGGAAAUCUUCCGGAUAUGGUGCUCUUUUUUUACACUCAACAUGCCAAUCUCGUGCACAAAUGUGGGGGAUGCUAUUCAAAAGCCACAAUAUCUGCGGCUCUCACCGCUGCUCACACAAUGGGCUGUCGACACAUCUGCGGAGCUGCUUUGGCGCACCAGACAUUUGGCUCAUGCACAAAUGGAAGAUAAUGUUAAACAAAGCGACACACCCUCUCAACUCUUCCAAAGUGCGGCACGCUAUUUACUGCAGUGUCGUGUUAGGGACUGUGAAGACUUUAACCUUCAUUUUUCUUCUCUUAGCCGAGGCUUAUCACUACCUUCUACUGCCGAACUAGGCCAUCUGCGUUGGGCCCCGCUUUUGCUUCUGCAAGACUGUGUACGUCUAAAACACAUAUCAGCUAAAGAUACACAGCCACACACCGCACAUGACAGCAUACAAAAUAAGGAACUUGAGGACGCUGUGCCCCUUCCCUAUUUUUUCGGGGAAGUUGGAGGUGAAACGUCCGCUGAGAAAGGUGACCCGGCGAGUCCCUUGUUGGACGUUUCGGAAUCAUCUUCAGGUCUUCACAACAAAAUGCACAACUCCGUACUCCCGGCAACAUUCAUUCUAGAUACCCUAAUUGAGGAGUACAUAAAUGCCGAUUGGAAUAAGAAAAAUGAAAUACAAAAAGGAGGUUCUGGACACAUGUUAUACACUGGUGCCGUCACAAGUGAGUUUACACUUGCGUGGCACGCCCUCCACGCCGUUGUCCUCAAACUUGGCCUAGGUCUCCUGCAUUGCAUGGAGGCCACGGCGGCCACUGUGGUCUUCACUGAUUCCCAAAGCUAUCGGCAGGAUAGCAAUCCUGGCUUCGUCGCUCAGUCACUUCUUUCUCAUCACGGUAGCGAUGGAAGUGCCGCAGGUUUCUUCACGUUCGUGCAAACUGCGCUACUUCAUCUAGGGCUUGAACUUAGCGCAGCUCUGGGAGAGCGCUAUGAGCGCCCCCUGUUAGAUUCUGCUGGAUGGACGUCGUGGACGGAGCAGUCUAUGUUCUCUGAUGAGUUCCAGAGAUCACUCUUCAGUGCUGCCGGAUUUGCGCGCCAUCAUCAACCUGUGGUAAUGUUGGGCUGCAUGAAUUCACUUCUGAAUGGUUUGCUGCUCAUAGUACUUCAACGAGCCGAGAGGAUGCACACCCUCCAUGAGCGCAGCCCAAUCCGACGUUUGCUUUCCUUGGACUCCCCUAGUAAAACUAAGGGGGAUAAAGGUGAUGAGGCGACUCAAUGGCUCGAGCAGCAAGCUGAGGUCCUAUGCCGAGUGCACCUGAGGCGCCUUCAGAGCCGCAGACGUAUAAGACACUCACUGCAGCCAUACAUCGCCGUAUCGUUCGGCAUUUGGUCCUGCCUCCACGACCACAGCCAGCGGGUCUUGGAGGCACGUGAGCAGGCAAUGAAAGAAUUUCAUCUAAUCCGCGCGGAGUUUGACGCGGAACGGUCAGAAAAUGCACCGGUGCGCACCCGAAAGUACGGCGGAAGCCCUGUGGACGUGGCAAAAGAUGAUGAGGACACUCUCCCGAUCAUAGACUUGUUGCUACCCCAUGGCUCUGCAGCCCUGAGUGCGGCUGCGAUUUCCCGUCUGUUGGUUCUCCUCCGGGAGGGCGGAUCACCUUACAAAUCCCUCCGCCUUGCCGCAUCUAUCAUCCACAGCGCCCGUAUGCUGCGACACGCCGCGAAUCAGCCACGGCCGCAGUGUGUACAGGCCACUAAGAUCGUCCACCGAAUGACAAGGUCUCGAGCGACGAAUCGAAAACACGUCACGAAGGUGCGUGUUCCUGUGGUAAAGUUCGUUAGUAGCGCACAUGACGAAACAGAUGUGGUGGGAAACCGGCGUGGUCAUCGCACGCUCAAGGCGAUAGGGCUGGUUUAUGCGCUGGACGAGGAGGUGAUUAAUGAAGCUCUACGUGUCGGCCUGUUUAUGGGUAAGGCUGGCCUAAAGCUGUCUGACGGCAUCCGCGAUGACUGUGUGAAGGGUGCAUUGAUAGACUAUGCGGAGGGCCGUUGCCUUCCAAUGCCUACCCCCGAGAUUGUAGAUGCAUAUCUGUCAUGGAGAUCUCGCACAGAACUGCCCAGACAUGCAGCAUUAUCGGUUGCACCGAAUUUGCUUCAGCUCCUGGGGCUGCAUGCCCACAGAAAGAAGGAACGGAAAGACUCGCUUCUGGAGAUGGAUUUCCCGGCUUACGGCCGUCGAAUCCCACCGACAGCCCUCCUGCUUGAGAUUCUCGCGGCGCACACAGAUUUGGAGGACGUCGACCGUCAUCAAGCCUGUCUAUCGCUGCUUCAACAAGACAUCCACCGCUUCGGGACUGCGUGGGUUUGUUUUGCGAUGCAAUACCGACUGGUGUGUCGACGACCCGCCCUCGGCCUGUCGAUAAUGCACCGCCUGUGGAUUCAGGCCAUCACCGAAGCGCAUGUACCUUGGGAGCUGCCCCUGCGAAAGGACGUAGCCCUGAUAAGUAAGGGGUAUGGAAGGGUUCAGAGUCGCAAUCCCAGAGUUGACGCCAGUGAACAAGAGGUUCUUUGGUCGAAGCUUCACAGUGCCGCAGAGGAAGAAUUGACGUAUCACGGAGGGUUAGGGUCCACCAUGGUGGACAAAAAGUCCAAAGCAAGGAUUGGCUCUAAUGCGGCACCCGCCACCGUCCAAGAGAUUAAAGCAUAUCUGAAGGGCGAAGGUGAGCGCAAUGCUACCUCAUCGCCACAACUGCGGACGGGCCAAAAGGCAAUCCCUCCGUCCUAUGAGAAUCUUAUCCAUCAAAUUUGGUUGUUUUGUCAACCCAACGAAUGGCACCGCAUGCAGCUCGUUUGGUCGGUAUGCGCGGCGACGCUUCUGGGCUUGUCGUCCAGGCAACUCGAGGCGGCGCAUGAGAACCGUCGGUUAGCUGCCCAAUGUCUUUUUUACUGCUUUCUGGCCGCGUUGCCUCUUGGCAUGAACGCACAGCGAGAUAAGACAGUGCAAGUACUACUGUUCUCGGGGCUGUUCUCGGAUACAGACAACAGACACGUCCUGAGGGAAAGGGGCGCUGGGCUUUCAGAGGAACGUGGAGUCAACAAGCAUGGGGCUGCGGAGAAGUCUCUACCACUUGCCUGUGAUGGUAUGGUGCUGUCUUCGGCCCACGUUCCCAGAGUGCGAGGUCUGAAUACUUUUCUGGCCCUUCAGCUGCGGCUCGCAACGGAGCUUCUAGCUCAGUGCCCUCAGGUUGGCGACGUGGGGGCUGUCGGGCAAGAAUGGGUGCCAGCUGCAUGGCAGGUACCUCUACUUAUGGAAUUGAAGGCCUUUCUCAAAGUCUAUCAAAAGGAUAUCCCAGGGGAAGUUUCCCCAUCCUCAGCGUGGCAGUUGUUUCAGGCAUUGCUUUCCCAGCCUUCUCUCGUGCUUGCGUGGCUAGAACAAACUCUGCUAUGUCCAAGUGAUGCGCUUUUGAUGUGGUUAGUAGUGCAUCUUGACUACAAAGAUGAAGAACUUCAAGCCCUGAUACAGUGGCUUGAGGCACUGUCAAAACCAACUCCAACAGGACAUGCAGUGCUUGCACAAUGCAAGAAGGAUCAUGCAGCAUUGCAACAUAACAGUCGGCGCCUCAAAAAGGGUUUCAUAAAACCGUCGGACUAA